GCACACAGGAAAACUUUUCAACACAGGUGCAAAUCCUAAAAGAUAGAACCCGCUUAGCAAGCAAGAGAACCAGCUCAGCUCACAGGUAAACCUAAAACAUUUUUUUCUAUAAUGUAUGAUCAAUUCAUUUUAGAUGUCGUCCACACCUUCCAAAAUUACAAAUGAGAAAUGCAAUCAAUUAAUCUGUAAAUUUAAGUGAAAGAUGAAAGAUGAGCUCCUUAAGAUUUACUGACAUGGUGAUUUAUGUUGGCGAGUAUUUGUGGUGUUUCUUCCAAAAUGAAACAUAGCCCUACUUUUUUUCUUUUUCUUUUUUUCUUUUUUUCUUUUUCUUUUUUUUCUUUUUUUUCUUUUUUUUUUUUUUUUAACAGAAGAACAAAAUGUAAACAACCACAGAAGUAGCAGGAGGUGUCUAAAAUUGACCAGACAAUUAAGAACUGCUUGCUUUCCUUUGGACCCCUUGCCUAACUUCAAGGCUCCUGAUUUACUUGGCUAACAUUCUAGAAAAUAAAUGAAUUUGUGGAAGUAGACUUUGCAUUUUAAUUGUUUAUUUCACAGUGAUAACACAUUUGAUUUUGAAAUAGCUAUGCAGACAAUAAUAUUGUAAGCUCACUGUCAGGAAGAUGAGGAAUCUGGCAAAGCCUGCUAACUCAGAUACCGUGGUGGAGCUUACAAAUCUUGCUACUGCAAAACCUUCAAAAAUGUUAUUAGUUAUAUCUGUGGCCUGGCAUUAUUUGUAAUUGAUAACAAUUCUCUGAAUGUUCUAACUACAGAUCAGAUGGAAAUCAGUAAUACCGUGAUAUCAAAUGCCAAAUAAAUUCACUGAGUAAUUCUGAGUAAUUUCUGAAAACCAUUAUUUAAUAAGCAACAAAUAACGGUACUCAGUACUUGAACAGGAAAAUAGCUGUAUAGGAAUUAAUAACUUUUCUCUAAUAGUGGGCAGAUCACUUUUGCAACCAGUAUUUCCAUUUUAAUGCCAUACUUCUUUCUGUUCAGCAGAACGACACGGGAAAGAAUAAAGCCAAGUUUAAGGAAUACUGUAGAGCUAGUGGAUUUUUUUUUACAGGAAAGCCUAAAGGGAAAAUGUAUCAAUUUUGAGUGGAAGAAAAAGAAGUGGAGAUAUUUUCAGUUACUUUUGAACUUAUAGAAUUCCUCUGUAGGAGGAGGAAUCUGGGUAGAUUAUGAUGGGUUUAGGUUCUUCCAAUGUGUCUCAGGUGCCAAAUUCAGAAUUAUUAAGCAGAAAGCAUUAAGUCUCAGAGGAGCUAAAGCAGAUGACCUUUGAUUUACAUCAAGAUCACCUCAUGUGAUGAGUUAUGUUCUGGCAGGAUGCAAGCCCAACUGGCCUUGGUGGCCAUGCCCUGAUAUGAGGCCCUGUGCCUGGCCCUGACCAUCACCCAGCGGCAGUAAUCACCAGUCUACCAGUCUACAGGGGUUCAGCCACCAUUAUGCUACCACGAUUUUCUUCUCAACAUAGCCAACUAGCAUGCCCUGCUCCUAAAUAACAUCUCACAGGUACAGAAGCAGCCCAGAGUUGUGUGGUCAUGCAGAGGGGUGGCAGUGGUCCCCUUUGCUUUGCUUGUCCCUUCUAAGUACAUGAGGAGAACAUGCUGCUUGUACAAUAGGCCUCAGCAUCCUCCCAAAUGCUUCAGUUUUGUGACUUUUUGCAACACUAAUCAUGUCAUAAGAUGGUUUUCCAUGAACUAAAGGGCAGCUCUGCAAAGUUCUGCUGAAGAUAAAAGGCACUCCUUGUUGCUGUUAAUUUUGAAGGUAGCAGCAGGAUUGAAAUCUAACACUAAGUAUGGUCUGUGGAUCUCAUCCUGCCCACAUUUAUGUCAAUGACUUUCAGCUCAUGGUCAUACAGACCCCUGGAUCUCUACCAAUUGCUCCCUAAUAAGUGACAACUGCAAGCCCCUGUGCUCUCAAUAGAUCUAACAUUGCCAUCUGAGGGUUUGUGGCUCCACUGGAAAAUUCCUGCUUUAUGCAGUAAUUCCACAGCCUCUUGUGAUGACGCCCAUAAGUCAGAUUAUUCACUUGUGUAAAUGUUUGACAGGACAAUGUCCAAACGAUUCUAAUGCUGUAACACGUACUUCUAGUCAAUUUUUUUCCCCCUUCCAAACUGUUUGCUGUGCUGUACAGAAUUUCCUCCUCAGUCUAACCUCUGCAUAACUCAACUCUUAACAACUUUUUUUGCUUACUUCUCCCAUGUCCAACUCUUUGAAGAUGUGUAUGCUUUGGACUGCCACAUCUGGAAAAGACAUUUCUCUGACGAGCAGCAGGCAGCGCACAGAGCAGAGAUUUGGCCCUUUAUCAGAACAGGGCUAAGUGCAAGCAGACGUGCCUGUUUGGUUUUUAGACAUUAAACUCAAAAUAAGCAUCAGGAAGUGGAACAACUCUCUUCCUCGGACAGGACAGGGUCUGUAUUUGAAGGUUUUGUGAAUGAAGCUGCAGCUGGGAGGGCUCUGGGUUUUUUAAAUCUAUUUAUUCUCCUGGCAUUAUUCAUACCCCGACUGGGCAGAAUCCCCAGGUUGCAGGAAUGUGAGCCUGCCAGCUGCACUGCCUGCUGCUCGCACCCGCGCUCACACUCCCCGAGUGGCAACAGAAAGGAGUAAACAGAGCUGCGAUCUCUGAACAGAGUGUUCUGGCAGCUCCCCAUGGUAGGGAGAACCCACGGGCAGGCACCGCAGUCCUGUUUACCCUGAAGAAGAGACCGUAUGUUGGAAAGCGCUGACCACUCCGUGGAUCUCAUGGAGCAGCAAAAAGUCAACAUUGAACUGGAAGAGCAGAGCAACAGCGGGGAAAGCCUCGAAGACAACUACACAGAGCUGAUUGACUCGGAAAAGGCUGCAAUUAGGAGUCCAUUUGCUAGUGACGAUGCAGAAAGUCAGAAGUUCCUUACAAAUGGAUAUCUGGAUAAAAAGAAAUUGGAAGACUAUAAUGAAGAAUAUCAUCGGGGCAGAGCUUCCUUUGGCAUGUCCUCCUUCAACCUCAGCAACGCCAUCAUGGGCAGUGGUAUCCUAGGGCUGUCCUACGCCAUGGCCAACACAGGAAUCAUCCUUUUUGUAGUUCUGCUGCUCAGUGUAGCAGUGCUGUCACUCUACUCAGUCCACCUCUUACUGAAGACAUCAAAAGAAGGAGGUUCAUUAAUAUAUGAAAAACUGGGAGAAAAGGCAUUUGGAUGGCCCGGGAAGUGUAGUGUUUUCAUUUCAGUUACAAUGCAGAAUAUUGGAGCAAUGUCAAGCUACCUCUUUAUCAUUAAAUAUGAACUUCCUGAAGUGAUCAGAGCAUUUAUGAAGCUCGAGGAGAAUUCUGGAGAAUGGUACCUAAAUGGGAACUACCUUGUCAUACUCGUAACAGUUGUGAUUAUUCUUCCCCUUUCCCUUCUAAAAACAUUAGGUUAUCUUGGUUAUACAAGCGGUUUUUCGCUGACGUGUAUGGUUUUCUUUGUCAGUGUGGUUAUCUUCAAGAAAUUUCAAAUACCCUGUCCUCUCCCCAUCAUGGAUCAUGGGGUUGGAAACUGGACAGCCACCAACAUCACACUGCCAAUGCACCUGGUCAUGUUACCAAAUGAGUCUCUCAGUUCUGGUGUGAAUUUCAUGAUGGACAACACAGUUGGGCAUGUGCCAGGCCUUGAAGAGCCAAGAGAUACUUUCCUCAAAAGUGGUGUAGAAUAUGAAGCACACAGUGACAGCAGUGACACAUGUCAGCCCAAAUACUUUGUGUUCAACUCACGGACUGCCUAUGCAAUACCCAUCCUGGCAUUUGCAUUCGUAUGCCACCCUGAGGUGCUACCAAUAUACAGUGAACUGAAAGAUCGUUCCCGAAAGCGGAUGCAAAAUGUCUCUAACAUCUCCAUCACUGGCAUGCUCAUCAUGUAUCUUCUGGCUGGUCUCUUUGGAUAUCUAACCUUCUAUGGAGAAGUUGAGGAUGAGCUACUUCACACAUACACCAGGGUGUACACUUUUGAUGCUCUCCUUCUGUCUGUGCGCCUCGCGGUGCUGGUGGCUGUCACCCUGACUGUGCCCCUUGUCCUUUUCCCUAUUCGUUCAUCUAUCAGUGCAUUACUGUUUCCCAAAAGGCCGUUCAGCUGGAUACGACACCUUCUGAUUGCAGCAGUAAUUCUUGCUUUUAAUAGCAUGCUUGUGAUUUUUGUCCCAACUAUUAAAGACAUAUUUGGAUUUAUCGGUGCCUCUUCUGCCACCAUGCUCAUCUUCAUCCUUCCCUCUGCAUUCUACCUGCGGCUUGUUAAGAAGGAGCCCAUGAGGUCUCCCCAGAAGAUCGGGGCUCUAAUUUUUCUUAUAGUUGGCAUAAUCUUCAUGAUUGUGAGUAUGACUCUCAUUGUAAUGGACUGGAUUUACAAUCCCCCACGUUCCCGACAUCACUAACCUGUGGAAAGAACCAAGUGCUUUUCAUACCAUAAUGUUUGUACUGCGUGCUCUAAAGGACACCAAAAUGGCACAGUUAUUCCUCACUAGUAACUGCAAUAUUUUGAAGACAGUUUCUGGGUAGGACACUAGAACCCAAAGGAGUCUAUGUCACCAAGGACAGUUAUUUAUGCGUUAGGAAACUGAGCUUAGCAUUUCUAGCCAGGCUGAAUAAAAUGUGUGAUGUGGAUGCAUUCUAUAUUCAAAACAAAUAUAAGAGUAACUGUGCACAUAGUCCUUAACAGUAGUUUGGUCCCACCCUUUUUGACCUCUCCCACUAUAUUCAUAACACAGUUCCUAGAGCACUGGAAAGGUAAUGGUCAGAAAGCCAGCUAGUGCCUUGUUUUGCACAUGAAGCAAAUAGGAGCAGCUGCUCAGCUCCUAGAGAAAAUGUAUGAUUUCUGUAGGGGAUCAAAAAAGUGACUUCUCCUCAUGGACUGGUCUAUCAGAAAGGCGACAGCUUUGGCAAGCCAGUGGACAAAGCUGAGCAUCAGAUAUGUUGCCCAUGUUUGUCACCCUCGACAUGUGAUGGCUGUCGUAUGGAAUAAAGCUCUCUCACACAGAAGCCCCUGUGCUGUGACUGAAGAACUUCUGAGCAUUCAUGUUUUGUUGUUAAAGAUGUCUCUGCUGGAAACGUUAGGCACUUCUGGGGUGGGUUUUUUGGUUUUCUUAGCUUUUUUAAUUCUUGUCUGAGCUUGCAUCACUGAACAAGUUCCAUCCUCCAUAGAAGCUUGUCUUCCAUUCUCAUGGGAAUUUAAGGAGACCACAAGGUGUGGCUGAGCACCCUAUCCAGUAUUGUUCAGCACUUGUCUGUUUGAUAAACGUUCGGUGCAGGAAACUGUAAUUUGCUAUAUAUAUAAAUAUAUGUAUUUAUGUACAUAAUCCUUUGUUUUCUUCUAGUUAUAAAAAUGUUACCCUCUGGUACAUGAUUUCUGAUUUUUUUUUAUUUUAUAUGUCACUCUGUUUUCACAGCCACACACUUUAUAUUGUUCUGAAGAAAAUAUUUUGGAUUACUGGGUUUGUUAAAGGCUCAUUUUAUUCAGUAGCAUUUGAAAUAUACUUGCCACAAACCCUGGCCGUUACCUGUGUAAAAACAAAUUCAGACAUUUACUGCUUAUGUUACAAUAAAUGGCAAGAUGUUUCCCUCUUGAGAAUUUUUAAUACAUGCAUCAAAGUUCUGCAUUACCACUAUAAACCACGAAUUUGACUAACUUGCUCUGUGGCUAUAUCUCAGCUCAGCUAUGCAUAUGCCAGCAUUCAAAAGCAUGCAUAAUUAAGCUAUGCAAAGGAAAAGAUAUUACCGAUAAUCUCAAGUGUAUUGUGCUACGCAGCUGUGAAAGAGAGAAAAAAGUGUGACGUUCCAUGUUAUAAGGAUGCUUAAUUAGCAUCUAGUAGCCUCCAGACUCUAUUUUGUCAGAUCUGUGGGGAACUCUACAUAUGCUCUCUGUACUAUUUUUCUCCAAGGAAAAGUAGUCAGAGAGGUGACAGGAGCUCUGUAGAAGAGGGAACGAGUGGGAAGGUGCAACUAUUGGGUUUAACGUGUUUAGGAAAAUCCAGUCUUCUGUAAUUGGUGUUUCCAUUUUCCAACUUAGAAAUCUGUUGCAUGCACACAUGUGAACUCUGAAAGCCAACAAAAGCUGCCUCUGCCCACUCUUCAGCUUCACACAAAAUUGACCACGUGUCUGUCUGUGUGCGUGCCUGCAUAUAAGUGUGGGUAGACGUACAAGUUGACUGGAAAAGGGUAUCAGAUAUAUAUUCCAUGCCAACUGCUGUCUUUCUGAGCACUAUUUUACAUUCACUUGAGUGCUGCAUCCUUAAUUCUCCAGGGCAUACCUCCUUGUGAAUGCUGACUGGUUUCGCUUUAUUUAUUUUUUUAAGUUUCCCAUAUUUUGUUCUAGUUGAAGCAGACAAAUACCAAUAAUGUUCCAUUAGUACUGAAGAGCCUUUGAUGUGAACUGAAGUUAAUAGCAGUAUGCCCAAACACCUCUAUUCUUGUUAGCAUUAGUAAGUUACAUGUAUGGAAGAACUGGAAUAUAACUGUGUUUCUGUUUCUAUUGUCUGCAGCUGCAUGUGGAAACUUAGAAAUUAAUGUCUCACAUAAAAUGUAGAUGACCUCAAGAAAAGUAACCAAAAAACUAUGGAACAAUGGCUCUAGUCACAGCCUUUUAAUGGCACAAAAAUAUUGGUGUCUAGCAUAAAGGUGGAGAUUCUGUAACAUGUCAGAUAUUUCAGUUAAUAAGCAUUGCUCACAGCAACAUGCAGCUGUUGGGCGUAAGGCUAGCACUGCACACUAACUUGUUGGCACUGCUGGAAAUGGAGGAUGUUGCAUUUUCUUGUUUGUCCUGUCAUGUUGACAAUGAGGAUUUUUAUUACAAAACUAUCCAUUGAUGUACAAUAAAUGAAUUUUUCAAGGA